GGGCCGCUCAUUUCUUCCCUGAUCAGAGAGGAGAGGGGAGAGAGGAGAGAGAGAGAGAGAGGGGUCGGGGGAAGAGAGCGAUCGAGCAUUGUAGGGGCGGAACGAGAGAGAAGCCGAUCGAAGGGGAAGUUAUCCCACGCACUCGCAAUCCAUUUCAUUACCAUAAUCCAAUCACAUCCGUUCCUCCCCCCACCCCCGCGCUCCUAGGGUUUUGAGUUCUCCAUCUGAUCUGAUCGGGAAAUCCCUAGGUUCCUUUCCCGGUUCCCUCUCCGGUCUUCUUCCUCGUUUCCCUAGAGGGCUUCCUCGGGUCUCCAGGCGGCGCCCCCUCCCUUCCCUCUCGCUAACUAGGGUUUCCCGUCACCCGAUCUCGAUAGGGUCCCCUUGUAUACUCUUGCCCGUGAAACGGAUCGGCGAUCUUUCGAUCGGAUCCAGCUUCUUUGGAUCUUGUCCUUUGGUUCCUUUAUCGGUGUUGUUAGAGAGCGGAGGAAGCUUCUUGCAAGUUUUUUCGUCAGACUCUCAUCCCCCAUCUUAGACAUGACUGCAGCGGCGUCCAGGUCGUCCUCCAAAGGCCCGCGCUAUGCGCCCGAGGACCCCACGCUGCCUAAGCCUUGGAGAGGCCUGAUCGAUGGGAACACGGGCUACCUCUAUUUCUGGAAUCCCAAGACCAACAUCACCCAGUACGAGCGGCCCCUAGCGGAGUCAUUCCCACCCUCUUCCCCAGAAACCCUUGGUUCCUCCUUCCACCAGCAGCAGCAGCAGCCGCCCUCUUCUUCUGGCCACCGCGGCUCUCACGAGUAUGAAGGGUCACGAGACGAUCAGUAUCCUGAUGCUAGAGGUGGCCACUCUCCUUCACUGAAUGGCUUGGCCCAAGUUGGACAUGGAUCAUCUAGUCAUGGGCACAAUGCACAAAGUUCAAGGGCAGCUGCACGAGGACAUGGACUACUGGAAGGACGAGGCGGUUCAUCCGCAGAAGCCUAUCGCCGUCAGCAUGAAAUAACUGUCACUGGAGAUGAUGUCCCAGUUCCAUUCACGUCAUUUGAGUCCACAGGUUUUCCCUCAGAAAUUCUCAGAGAGGUACACCGUGCAGGAUUCUCAGCACCUACACCAAUCCAGGCUCAGUCAUGGCCAAUUGCUUUAAACAGUCGGGACAUCGUUGCCAUUGCAAAAACUGGAUCAGGAAAAACAUUAGGAUAUCUUAUUCCAGGGUUCAUUCAUCUCAAGCACCUCCAUAAUGAUUCUAAGAUGGGCCCGACAGUGUUGGUUCUGUCACCAACAAGGGAGCUGGCAACGCAGAUACAAGAUGAAGCUGUGAAGUUUGGUAGAUCAUCAAGAAUAUCAUGCGUGUGUUUAUAUGGAGGUGCUUCAAAAGGUCCUCAGCUGAGAGAUUUGGACCGAGGAGCAGAUGUUGUAGUUGCUACACCUGGAAGGUUGAAUGACAUUCUGGAGAUGAGAAGAGUGAGUCUCCAUCAAGUUUCAUAUUUGGUUCUCGAUGAGGCUGACCGUAUGCUAGACAUGGGUUUUGAGCCACAGAUACGGAAAAUUGUAAAAGAGAUUCCAGCACGUCGCCAGACUCUAAUGUUCACUGCUACAUGGCCAAAAGAAGUUCGGAAAAUAGCUGCAGAUUUACUGGUUAAUUCUGUUCAGGUCAACAUUGGUAACAUUGAUGAAUUAGUUGCAAAUAAAUCUAUCAUCCAGUAUGUGGAAGUAAUUACACCUAUGGAGAAAAGUAGACGGCUUGAGCAGAUCUUGCGAUCACAAGAACCAGGCUCCAGAAUUAUAAUAUUCUGUUCUACAAAGAGGAUGUGUGAUCAGCUUGCUAGGAACCUUACUCGUCAGUUUGGUGCUGCUGCUAUUCAUGGUGACAAGUCUCAGGUUGAGAGAGACUGGGUCUUGAGCCAAUUUCGGAUGGGAAAGUCUCCCAUACUCGUGGCUACUGAUGUUGCUGCUCGUGGAUUGGACAUUAAGGACAUCAGGGUCGUGAUCAAUUACGACUUCCCAACAGGAGUUGAAGACUAUGUUCACAGGAUUGGGAGAACAGGUAGGGCAGGUGCUAGUGGAGUGGCCUACACAUUUUUCUGCGACCAGGAUUCGAAAUAUGCGUCAGAUCUUGUCAAAGUGCUGGAGGGUGCUGGCCAGCAUGUUCCUUCAGAGUUACUGGAUAUGGUGUCACGUGGUGGAUAUGGUGGCAAGUCUCGCCGUUGGGGUUCUGGUGCUCGUGAUGGCGGCCGUUCCCAUGGUGGACUUGCUGGUUCCAGCUAUGGUGGGAAAAAUGGUUGGGGCUUGCCACUGUCUUCAGGUUGGUCAGAAAGUUUCCGUGGUGGUGGUGGUGGAAAUGGGGAUCAUGGGUCCUCACAUGACAGGUAUGGCUAUGGUGGUCAAGACGAUCGACGUGAUAGAGGGUCAGGGGGAGGUAGAGCCCAGAGCCGCCGGAGUAUUAGCCCGAGCCCCCCCAGGGGAACUGGAGGAUGCGAUGAUAGCCGCGGUAGAAGCUGGAAUCGAGGUUGCAGUCGGAGUAGGAGUCGUAGUCGCAGUUGCAGCCGUGGCCUCAGCACAGCCAGCCUAGUGCAUAGGCAGUCACCGCCGCCAAGGAAGGAGCCUCCAAUGACCAACUAUAGCACUAGCGAUCGUGUUCAUUCGCCGACACCAUACUUUCAACAGCAGCAGCUGGGAUUGCCGGAACACAACAAGGACAUGAGGGAGGCUCAACUUGAUCACUCUCCUAGCCUGCAGAAGGAGAGACCUCUAUCGCUGGACGAGCAUACAGAUGCUGUAUGGGAAAGACAUUGCCAUUCUGGGGAGCCAAAAGGACAUCGACUUGACAAUGGAGAAGAGGAGGAAGAGGGUAUCAUUCAAGCGAACGAGGAUGGCAUCGUUCCCUUGGUGUUGGUCACGGAUGCCUAAGGAAGGAGGCCCCAGGAACCUAAAUGAUGGUAUUCUGGUUUAGGAGCCUCGUCUACCAGCUGCUUUUUGGCUGUGGCAAGAUAUCGUUCGAUUCCAUUUUGAUGUGCUGGGUGUAUGUUAUAAUGGGGGCCGGCUAGUGCUAUAAGCCUGAUACUUUCUCGUUGCUGUCUGAUGGGAAACCUUGAUAUAACGAUAUGGUGCUUAUAAUUUUUGGAAGCACUGCAUGCUUUUGUUUAUCCGGUAUUUGGGAAAGGAUUGAAAACCGGAUAUCGAUUGGGUGCUGCUUUAUCCAUAUUUUUAUAUUUAUAUUU